AUUCGAUGACUUGUUUCAGUUUGGAAGGUGUUUUGUUUACUUAUGAAUUUUCCCCAUCAUAGGGAUAUCGUUUUCGUUUCUUCGGACUCAAUUUUGAGAACGUAGAUUUUAGAAAAUAUUGAGCAUUGAAUCGUCUUUGUGCUGUAUUUGAGUGUAGUGUUGAGUUGUGUAUGGAUGUAAUACAUUGAAAUGAAAAAAUAUCAUAAUAUCGACGUGAUAAAUAACCGAAAUAUUGGCAAUUCUUUUGAUCCGCAUUUGAAUGUCUCAAUUAAGUCAAAAUCACAAGGACCCACAAAAUUCGAAAAAAAUCUAGCAGAAAAGUUAUUUCUCCGUAGAGUCUAUACUGGAAGUCGGUCGGUGAAACCAUGCCAAAUUUCCAGUUACCGCGCUAACUUUCUCAUAGUGUUCAGUCCUGAUGGAACGAAACUAGCCUCUACAAAUGGUGAUCAUAAUGUUUAUAUCAUCGAUAUUGCAACUUGCAAAGUAUUAAAUACUUUGAAAGGUCACAAACGUACCCCUUGGACGGUAGCUUUUCAUCCGUCCAACAAUAAUGUCUUGGCCUCUGGCUGCCUUAACGGAGAAGUUCGUGUGUGGAAUUUGAACGAUGAUUCUUUUGAAAGUUGGCAAUCUCCAGGCCAUACGGUCAUUGCGUCUGUUGCAUUUCAUCCGAAAUUCAAUAUACUGGCUAUUGCUACUUUCAAAGAUAUAUAUUUUUGGGACUGGAACACAUCGAUUAUUUUUGGCCAAACAUCCACCGAAAGUGACGAAGAAAAAAUUAGAUAUAUCAAAUUUGAUUCAACGGGCGAUAAAUUGAUAACAGCGAUUGCUUUGAAAAAUAGAAUGUUAUCUCAGUACGAUUCGAUUGCUUUUCGCGAAGUCUUUCAAUUUUCUUGUGAGCGACGUAUUUUAAAGGAUAUUAAGAUGAUAAUGAAAUUUUGCGAUUCACUUUUUCAGGACAUGCCUGAAAAACACAUCGUGGAAAAAGUGUCUCCUUUGAAGAAAACCACGAAACCAGCGAGUCGUUUACGAAGUGAAUCUCUGUUAGAAGAAACGUUACCUUAUCUGUGUAAAUUCCAUUUAGAUUUGGUAUCAGGACAUUUAAACGUCACUUGCUUUUGUCCGACUGAAUUUUCUACGAAAGUCCUAGAUAUACUGAAGAAAAAUACGUUACCGUUUGAUUACCUGGUUGAUAAAUGCUAUUUUUGCAGGUAUACAUGGUUGUAUAAUUCAGUAUUUCAACUAAGAAUCAUGAAUCAACAGAAGAACCACAUUUGCCAAGGUAUACGUCGUUUUUCGGAGGACGAUCAUGUUUGGUCAUUUAGCGACUGCAGAUAUCAAGAAUUAUUGGAAGAGAAUGCCAACGAAUUGAAUGGUGUUACGGAGGAAACACUUAGAUAUUGUUUUGAACAAUUUGCCAAAACUCGUAUUGCUCCACAUUUCGCAGAAUUCAUGCCGGAGGAUGGGCUGUGUUCUAAAAACUCCAAUUCCGAUUUUCUCGAUGAUGAACAAAAUAAAGAACCUGGCAACCCAUCUACUUCGAAAAAACCAUUCACUCACGAGAUUCCCUUACGUUCAGACUGCUUUUUGAAGUUCUGCGAAACAUUCAAAUUAUUACCAAGUGGUACUUUCGUACCAUUUUUAACCUCUUUCGCCGAAUUAUAUCAUUAUCUGCCAGCUUUACAGCAGAUAUCCACAAAGGACGAUACAAGUCGUUUAAACUUGAUCAUGAAUGAGUGGGAAUAUCUUUAUUGCAAACUUCUUCUUAUAAAUAAUAUGAUAGAAGGCGAUAAUGGGCUGAUAUUGAAAAAACGUUCCGUUAAAACCAUAGAUUUGAAUUUGGAAUCCGAUGAUAAUAUCAAUUCCAGUAUUUUUAAAGAAAAUCAGGAACUAAAAAAACGUUUAUUUCGCGAGAAACAGAAUCACCCAGCCGAUAGUAAGCGGAUUAAUAAAGAAAAUGAAGAAAGCGGCAACAUGAAAAAAAUAAAAUCUGAUAAAUAUGAUGUGAACGAAGGUGCGUCCACUUCUUCAUAUUUUCCGGAAAAUAAGCAAAAUUGUAGUAGUGAUGGAAAUGAGAAUGCAGAUACCACGAAUUGCACAAAUUGCGAAAAACCCGAGAAACAAUGCAACUUCUGCAGAAAAUUUGACAGCAGUAAUUAUAAAUUGUCUAAUACGGCUUUGCAAUUACUGAGGAAAGAUGUUGAUAUUUUAAGCAACGAAAUCCUUCGUAGAAACGAAUCUAAAACGCAACGUCAUCGUAUGGAAAAAUUAUACAAGCAACAACUUGAUACUGAAAUUAGUCGAAUAGAUGGCGCAUUAUUUAUCACCAUUCAAAUUAUUAAAAAAUGCAUUAGAAUGCAUCUAUCAACUUUGAUCACAGAGUUGAAAAAACUUCUGAAAAUUAAUUUAACUUUGGUGGAAUCGAAGGAUCCCGAAUUCGAUAAUGUUUACAUCCGUCUUUUCAUUUUCAUCAUCAAAAGAGUGGUUACUUUCACCCGAAGUAUUUUAGAAUUUUUAUGCGAAUACAGACGUAUUUUUAGGUACAAUAUAAACGAAUUAAUUGAAAUACGUACUGAUUCGGCGAAAACGGUUUCAACUUCGCAUCUUUCUUCGUCUCUGCGGAUUAGGCAACAUCAGAACUUGAAUUUUCGUCGAAAUUGUAAUUUUGAUGUGGACGAACCCGUAUUCAAAGAAGAAAAUAUUCCUCAUGGUUCAGAGUUGUCGGAUGAUGAAAGUAAUGUCGAAGUGUCCGACAAUAUUCUGUCUGGUAUAUCUAAUGAUCAGUUCGAUGGUUAUGUGGCUCAAAGAUGCCGACCAGGACCUUCAAAUCAAUCGACGGAUUGUAGCAAUAUUCGUUUAUUCAAAGAUUCUCGGAAUACAUUUUCAAAAAAAGUAGUCGCAUCUUCCUCUUACAUAGAUAAGCAUUUGAGAUUUCUUGAAUGUGCUUCUGAUCGAAGACUUCGUGACGACUCAAGCGCCAACAGUCAUGAAAUACUCGUGCAAAAUGUAAACCGUUUACUGUUCCAUCAGCUACAGUGUCAAUCUGUGCAAAUUCCUGAGUAUUACAAUAGUCAUCCGUUGCAUCGUUUGCAAGUAUGGGAUUUUUCUCAACUAGAGGUGCCAGAUAUCUCUAACAGAAAUCAAAAUCUCGUUGUUUCCGAAUGUAAAGUUCAUAACGAUGCUACUAUUUCCGUUUCAAAUGAUAAUUCCAAAGUGGCUGUUUUACUUUCUUCCAAUCAAUACGAUCAACCUGAUUGGCUAGGAGUUUUUAGCUUGGAAUGGAAAACUCUAGGACAAAUUUUAUGUUCGGUGGCGCUGAAUCAGAUCGCAGUAUCUUUGAGUUUUUCUCCUACCGAUCAAUAUUUAGCUGUUGGAUUUUCGUUUAUGUAUUGGGAGGAUUUGAAAAUGGCUGACAUCAUUUCGGUUCAACAAGAAAUAAAUAACUGGCGAAAUUUCAAUUUGCUGAGUAGGCGUUCGCCUAUAGCGACUUCGUUAAUUGAUAUCACAUUUGUUCAUCGUACAGAAUUCAUCAUCACAGUAAAUUGCAUCAGAUGGAGUCCGAUUCCGGGCCAAGGUUUAAUAUUUGGUAACAGUUUCGGCGAAAUUAAAUUCGUCGUUUAAACAUCAUUUUCCAAGAUUCUAAGUAUAAUUUUAUGGCUGUUUUAAUUAUAAUCACGUAUUAUGCCAAAAAUUACUUUCAUUCGGUAUUAUUCUCAUGUUAUCACGCGCGAAUUGUAGUUAGAAUAAUGAUUUUAUUUUAGUUUUAAAAUGCAGCUGUUUUUUUUUCAUCUUCAUCUUUCUGAAAGUUUUUUGGAGGGAUGUACAAAGAUGUUGCUUUGAUGUCAACGUUUUCGAAAAAAAUUUAUUUUGUGAUUUAGAUUAUGUUAAUUCUGGUAUUGUAUGUACAUACGAAUUGCGAGAUGUGAAUAUUAAGUUAGAUAUUACAUUUUCAGCUUGCGUAAAAAGUUCUCAAAUUAUGACGGUUCCUUUUUGUGUGUUAAAAACUGCAACGUUUUGUACAAUUUUUUUUUUCGAUUAUAGAAACUAGAGAUGUUUUAUCUUUUAUUUUUAAGAGUUCGCUUUUCCUCGUGUUGUUUUCAAUGAUUAAGAAAUACAUUUUAUGUUUCGUGUU